AGUAUGUCACUUUUAUCGAUUCGAUGAUAGAAUGAUCACGAAAACGUCUACUAUUUUCCAAAUACUCUUACUACUCGGAGUUACUGUGAUACAUUUGGAUGGUAAUGAGUUGGGAGGAUUUGUAUGUCGAUUACCAAAAAAUGUUGGAUUCGCGUGUGGUGUCACCACACCGCAUUCCGCAUACUAUUUUGAUUCUGAAAUUCGGGAAUGCAUAGAAUUCAUGUUUGAAGGAUGCGGAGGAAAUCAGAAUCGAUUCUCGAGCCGACAAGAGUGUAUAAAUGGGUGCAAGAGUUUGACCCAAUGCGGAAAAGGAAUGCCACUCAUGGAUUUUGCUGGAAAUAUCAAGAGAUGUGACGGUGAACGAGUUCCAUGUCCAGGGAGUCAUGAGUGUGUUGGUAAUGGAAUGAGCAGUGUUUGUUGUCAGAAAGCAGGCAGAAUCUGUCAGGCAUCAGUUCAUCCUGGAACGCCCUGUGGGGUACCUCCGGCUACCAGAUACUAUUUUGAUUCUUCGUCAAAAACGUGCCGCCCGUUUGCUUUUACUGGAUGUGGAGGCAAUGAGAACAAUUUCAAAGGAAAAGGAGAGUGUAUGAUGUUUUGUAGUUCAGAGAUAAUAUGUCCACGUGGAGAGCCACACGCCGAUCGUUACUCAAUCAAUAAUAUUGCCACGUGUAUGGAGGAUAAACAUUGUCCAAGGAAUUACACGUGUACGUCGAAGGUUGGGAAGAAAGGGGCAUGCUGUCCAAGUAAAGAAUUUGUAUGCGGUACCCCAUUUGAAAUUAAAAACAACUGCCGAAAACCAGAACCAGUCAACACAUGGUGGUUUGACUAUAGAAAAGGUGAAUGUAAACGGGCGGAACAUUCUAAUUGUGAAGAACACUUCAACUCAUUCGCAAACCAGGAACAAUGUGCUGAUUAUUGUGUUGGUACCUGUCCCAACAACCUGGAAGUUCAUUCCAAUCCUCGAACGGGUCAACCUCAUCUAUGCGACUUUCUGAAGAACGAAGGAUGCCCAAUGGGCUUUGAAUGUCUAAAAAGUAGUCCGUAUGCAUCGAUUUGUUGCAAAACACACCCAGUAUGUCCAUCUGCUGAAUCUAUACUUCUUGUUGAUGAGGAAAAUGAAGCUGUCAGAUGUUCGUCUAGCAGGGAUAGUUGUCCAGAGCAGUACAUGUGUCAACAAGCUAAGAAUUUGGAACAUAUCUGUUGCACCAAGCCACUGAACUGUCCUGCUGGAAUGGAUGCUUUAAGAGAAAACGGAGGUCGCCCUCGAAUAUGCUCGAUGGGUGUUGAUGGCAACUGUCCUCAUGAUCAUAUGUGUGUUCAAGGUGAUGGAUCAUUUGGCGCCGCCCGUCAUCUUUGCUGUAAACCGCGUAAAAAGUGUGUUAUCCCGUAUGUUGAUCCGGACAAGAAGCGACCGAUUCGAUGUUUCCCUGGUGAUCAGAGCUGUCCAAUUUCGACGGAUUGUCUUCCGGCUCUGGAGAAUUCGGAAUCAUUUUCCAAUUUGACAAAUGCAAUUGAUGUGAUGUUUUUCUGUUGUCACACUGUUUCAAUAUUCAGCUGUCCUGAUGGUGCUAGUCCAUUCUUGGAUCCAAAUUCAGGCCAACCUGCCACGUGUCUGGCUUCGAAUCCAUUUUCCUGUCCAGCAGAGCACAGUUGCACUGCAUUGAUGGAUGGUUCAACUGCUUGCUGUCCAAUCCAAACACCUCUCUGUGUAGAAGCCCUUGUAUCAGAUGAUGGGUCCCCGAAGACAUGUCUAGGAUGGGAUGAUAAUACAACGUGUCCCCAGGGAAAAUGCCAGAAAGCUAUGGACGGUGUGUAUUAUUGUUGUAGACCACCAAUGAUGAUUCUACAGAACAAUGCACCAAUAGUUCCACAAGUGGAAGGAGUGUCGGAUAGAGUUACAGAAUAUAUUGCGUGCAGUCUUGGAAUACUUUAUACAGAUUUUGUGAAACCCAAGAAGAAAAGGCAACCAGAGUAUUUGAAGUUGUUGAGAGAUCGGAGAGCAUCGAAAUUAGAUUAAUUUAUUUUCAAUAAUUAUUUUACCUCUACCUACUUGCCAAUCAGUUCUUUAAAAGCAUUUACUUCGUUUUAUAAAUAAAAGUGUUCGUAAUUUAA